UGACACCACUUUUCCCAGGAAGUAACGGCUGUGAGUUGGAACCUGCAGGUUGUUUUCUUUCAGUUUUUAAUCAAAAGUAUCGAUGACUCCGUAGUAAAAUGACAGAUCGGCAGCGUCGCACAUACACUACCCUACUGCACUGCAUCCUGAUCUCAGGGGUGGUUGUGAAAGCCAUAGAGCCCGUGUCCACCUCUCUAAUAGUGGGCGCAGGAGCUGCUGCACUGGGGAAGAAACUCUAUCGAUAUUUAUUUGAGGUGUGCGAUGAGAACUGGAUCAACUUUAAUGCAACAGGACUGAAGCAUGACCUUGACACGAGGCUGUUCGGGCAGCACGUUGCUACGCAAGUCAUUUUAAAAGCCGUCACGGGAUUUAUGAGCAGUGAAAACCCAAAGAAACCGCUGGUUCUGUCCCUUCAUGGCUGGACUGGGACGGGGAAGAACUUCGUCAGUCAGCUCAUAGCAGAAAACAUUUACCAUAAAGGCAUGUCGAGCAGUUUUGUUCAUCUGUUUACAGCCACAGCACACUUUCCUCAUGAGAAGCACAUAGAUUCCUACAAGACACAGUUACAGGAGUGGAUAAGAGGAAAUGUGUCCAACUGCGCACGUUCAAUGUUUAUCUUUGAUGAAAUGGAUAAAAUGCAUACCGGACUGAUCGACAGUAUAAAACCAUAUCUGGACUAUUAUGACAAUCUGAACGGAGUGUCAUACAGACAGGCCAUCUUCAUCUUCCUCAGCAAUGCAGGAGGAGAGAACAUUGUUCAGGUUGCUCUGGAUUUCUGGAAAGCAGGACGAGAACGAGAGGAGAUCAAGCUGAAGGAUUUAGAGAUGGCGCUUUCACUGUCUGUCUUCAACAACAAGAAUAGUGGUUUCUGGCAUACUAGUUUAAUCGAUAAGAACUUAGUGGAUUUCUUUGUGCCAUUUCUUCCGCUGGAGUACAAGCACGUCAUUCAGUGCGGUUUGGCCGAGAUGGUCACCAAGAAUCACGUGCCGAAGCAGGAAGUAGUUGAACUGAUGGCCAAGGAUCUGAACUACUUCCCAAAAGAGGAACGUGUCUUCUCCAUGCAGGGCUGCAAGAUCAUCUCCAGCAGACUGGACUUCUAUAUUAACUGAACGAGAGAGAAAACAGAAUCGAAAACAGCGAUUCAUUAUUGACUGUGUGAUUUUAUUUAAUUUUUUUUUUCCCCAUGGAACUGUGCGACUCUGUCCAUCUAAGAUUUGCAUUUUUAUACAGACAGAGUGAGUUGGGAAUAUUGUCUUGCUCAUCUAGUACAAAUCAAACAGUACUGCAUUCCAUGAUGUCACAAUCUCGGAUGAAAGCAGGAGGACGAUUUUGACUCAAAGCAAGUGUUCUCUUAUGGAACUGUUUUAUUAAUUUGGGAUCUUGCAGGUUAAGUCCUUGUUUCAAGGAUGAGUCCGAUAGAGGAAGCUUUUUUUAAAACUUUGCACAUUGUGGCGCUGUGAAUCACUGGCUGUCAGUGAGUUUUUUAAUUUUAUGUAAUGUUGUCAAUCUGUAUUAAUUAUCAUGAGAAAACGUGUAUUUGCCUUUAUCUUGAAAUGUCAGAUAAACAUUUAUUUCUGCCUUUUUGAAGAAGAAGAAGAAGAAGAAAAAAAACAAGACUUGGAUGCUUAAGAUGGUGAUGAUCGUCAGAUGUCUCACAAUUGUUAAUUUCAAUCUCGUUUUUGAACUUUGAAACUAAAGCAAAAUUUUCUGAAACAUGUAGUCACCGUCAAGGUUUAUAUUUGGGUUUGUCAAAGUUCAAGUUUGGUCGGAGGUGCUAUUAAGCAAAUCAGUGCCUGUUUAUCUUAUAAGAAGAACACUUAAAUACAGUUGAUGAGCAUGUCAACAUGCUAUUUUCAUAUUUGUCAUUAUUUGAUCAUCAUCUGCUUGGAACUUGUGCGUUUGAGAUAUUUGUGUAGGAAACCAAGAUAAAAUGGCAAAAUACUUGAAGGAUUCAAUGUACAUAUUGAUUUUGAUAAAAGCUUUAUGAGGUAAACAGA